AUGGAUCUUGGAUCCCCUGACCUGCCGGAUGCAUUGCUGGAGCCCCCAGAAGAUAUCUUCUCUACAGGCUCCUUCCUGGAGCUGGGACUCAACUGUUCCCCUCCACAGGUUCCGGUGACUAGGCUACAAGAACAAGGGCUGCAAGGCUGGGAGUCUAGUGGGAGCCAUGGCUGUGGCCUUCAAGAGAAUGAGUCUGAAGAUUUCCUGAAGCUUUUCAUUGAUCCCAAUGAGGUGUACUGCUCAGAAGUAUCUCCUGACAGUGAAAGUGGCAUCUCUGAGGAUCCUUGCCAUUCAGACAGCUCCCCUGCCCCUCAGGCACCCAGUUCUCCUGCCCUUUAUGAGGUUGUCUAUGAAGCAGGUGCCCUGCAGAGGAUCCAGGGGGAAGCUGGGCCAACCUUUGAGCUUAUUUCCAUCCAGCUAGGUCAGUGGAGCCCACCAUUUAUGGUGCCCGAUGCAUGCACCAUCAGUAAGCUGCCCUUAGAUGCUCAUACCCAUAUUCUACCCAGAGCUGGCACUCUAGUCCCAGAGCCUCCUGCAACCCUGCUUCCCUGUCAAACUCUCUUCCUGACAGAUGAGGAGAGGCGUCUACUGGGGCAGGAAGGGGUUUCUCUGCCUUCUCACCUGCCCCUCACCAAGGCAGAGGAGAGGGUCCUUAAGAAGGUGAGGAGGAAAAUCCGUAACAAGCAGUCUGCUCAGGACAGUCGGAGGCGGAAGAAAGAAUACAUCGAUGGGCUAGAGAGCAGAGUGGCAGCCUGUUCUGCACAGAACCAGGAACUACAGAAAAAAGUCCAGGAGCUGGAGCGACAUAACAUCUCCUUGGUGGCUCAGCUUCGCCAACUACAGGCACUCAUUGCUCAAACCUCCAACAAAGCUGCCCAGACCAGCACUUGUGUUGCGAUCCUUCUUUUUUCCCUGGCUCUCAUCAUCCUGCCUAGCUUCAGUCCUUUUCAAGGUCUACCAGAAGUGGGACCGGAGGAUUACCAGCCUCAUGGAGUGAUUUCCAGAAAUAUCUUGACUCACAAGGACAUGACAGAAAGUCUGGAAACUCCAGUAGUAGAGUCCAAACUGGGGGAGCCACCUGGAGCCCAGAGUGCAAACACCUCAACAAAGACACUGCUAGAGAAGAUGGAAGAGAAGCCUGGAUCCAGUGGGCACAUCAGAAGUGUGCUCCAUGCAGAUGAGAUGUAAGCUGGAACAGAGAUCUUCCUGCCCUCUUCCCAAUCACAGUAAGGAAUCCAGGGGUCCCCUAUGGCCCUGCUUCCCCUUGGGAUUCCCACUCAGGUGUCUUGCCUUAGGGGUCUGAAUCACUUCAGGACACCCUAAAUGUCUGUAUCCUGAGCCCCAGUCUGCCUAUGUAAGAGUGUACCUCAAUUACUAUUGCUGUGUGUUUAUGAUUUUAUUUCUUCUUUAGGGAUAGGAGUAAGGGGGAAACAAGUUUUUACUGACAAAUAAACUAAGAUUAUAUCCCAGAAUUUUUUUUUUUUUGGUGGUGGUACUAGAGUUUGAACUCAGGGCCUCACAACUGUUAGCCAGGUGGUCUAGCACUUGAGCCACAACACCACCAUGCAAGGCU